CAACAAUUUCAGCACUGCGGACAGCGGACAGCAACCGCCAUCCAGAGCGGUGAUUGGCCAACAAGGUGGAAGGGGGCGUGUUCAGAACGUAAAGGCUUAAAUCCCUGAGCGUAGUCAUAGCUGUGUCUGGAUAUGCGCGGGAAUGUUGACUCGCACUCAAUGAAGAUUACGACACACUUUAUUAUAAACAUUCUGAAGAAACCAGUGUCAGUUUUGAGUGUUUAAGUAUUCACUAGAAAGCCAUGCUACUGUAGAGGCGCCGGUGUGCAGAAGAUUCACAGCUCUUAAGAACAGGUCACCAUCACUUAUUUCCCAAUGGCUGAAAACAACUUCCCUCCUCUGCCUGGCUUUAUUCCUCUGAAGCCGUGCUUCCACCAGGACUUUGAGGAGAUUCCUGACCAGCACCGCACCAUGUGCAAGAGACUCUACCAUCUGUGGAUCUUGUACGGAGUGACGCUGCUGGUGAACUUCUUGGGCUGUAUGGCGUGGAUGUUUGGAGGUGGAGGAGUGACUAACUUCGGCAUGUCUCUCCUCUGGGUUAUUCUCUUCACCCCCUGCUCUUACGUCUGCUGGUUCAGACCCAUUUACAACGCCUUCAAGACCGACAGCUCGUUCUACUUCAUGGCGUUCUUCUUUGUGUUCAUGGCACAACUUUGUAUUGCUAUAAUUCAGGCCAUUGGUAUACCAGGAUGGGGUGUUUGCGGCUGGUUGGGCACCAUCUCCUUCUUUGGCACGAGUGUCUUUGCCUCCAUCAUCAUGUUGAUCCCCACGCUCAUGUUCACCGCAGUCGCUGUCGUCUCAUUCGUUGUGCUCACAAAGGUUCAUAACUUCUAUCGUGGCAGUGGCGGCAGCAUGAGUAAAGCACAGGAGGAGUGGGUCUCUGGCUCCUGGAAGAACCCUCAGGGAUCGACAGCACAGCUCUCCACACCCGACUACGACAACACCGUGUGAAACACAGCCACCGCCUCGGUCAUCAACACCCGCUGACCGCCAGCUGAAGUGAAGUGGAGGAAACUCCAGCUGGAACCAACCGAGCCAUGCUUGGCUUCUUUGGCUUCUUCUGUGUUUUUAUUCAUGCUUUCGUAUCUAUUUCAGCCUGUUUGCUCCCCAUAUGUUAUAAGAACUUUGAACGUUCCCGUUAAGUUAUGAACACAUUAUUCUCUGAACAUUCAAACAUUCCUUUUUUUUUUUUUUUUCAUUUUUUCUCAAUAGUAUGUGAACGUUACAUUUGA